AUGAGAGGACACAAUGUAAAUAUCUACUUUUCCGAGAAAACUUAUAAUAAAAUUAAGCCUUUAAUCGCUCAAAGAAAAGUCAGUGAGUUUGUUAAUCAAGCCGUAGAAAAAGAACUAGCCAAAGAGCAAAAGAAAGAAAAAGCCGAGUUAAGAAAAAAGUUAAUCGCUGCUUACCAAAGACAAGCCAAAAAUAAGAAAUUACAGGCUGAAUUAUCUUUGAGAAAUCUGAUUAGUGAAAUUCCCACCUACCAAGGAAGACCGCAAACCAAUCCGACCUUGCUUAGUAAUUAG